AUGGCGGCUGGCGAUCCAGGCUCGAUCCGGUCUCAACUGAUCGGCGCGUGGGAAUUGAUUGAAUACUGCGCCUACCUGCCUCAUGAUGAAUCGAACAAGUACUAUCCCAUGGGAGACAAAGCCACGGGCAUCAUCAUGUACACGCCCGACGGCUAUAUGUCGGCGCAGCUGCAGACACCAGGCCAGAAGCCCUUUGGGGAGAGAUCAGGCGCCAAAGGGGGCUCGGAUGCCGAAUGGGCGACCGUGGGGAGGAACUAUGUCGCCUACACGGGGGCGUUCUACCUGGACGAACGCGGCGAUGACAAGGGCCGCCCGAUCCUGAUCCACAACAUGAGAUACUCGAACCUGCCGUACCUGCGGGGUGACCACCAGAGGAGGAUCAUGAAGUUUGUCGACGAGAGCGACGGCAAAUACCUCGUGUUGAGCUUGGACGACCCCCUGAAGUUUGAGGGCGAGGACCGUUUGAUCAGGGUGAGAUGGAGGAGGCUGCCUUUGAACCAAGCAUCAACGCCCCCGUGA